AUGAGAUUUCAGCAUUAUUUUUUGGUAUUUUUUAUUUUUGUGAUGAGUCUCUUUUUUAUCAUCGAACAGAGGCCAGUUAAUCUUCCCAGGAAAAGAAAACUAUACAGACACAACUGCUUCCGAAGGAGAUGUGUUUCACUCCAUUCCCGGGUGCCCUUCCCCUGA